ACCGAAUAUACCUAUAUCCACCAGAUCUUGAAUAGAUGGCUGGAAAGAAAUCACUAGUAGUCUAAUCACAUGCAAUAGGAUCUUAAUUAAUACAUCAUUUGUAUUGAAUGUGCAGGAAACAAUGGCAUUGCCUGAUCAAAUAGAUGCUGCAGAGAAGUACAUAAAAAGCUUAGAAAUGAAAUUAGAGAAGAACAAGAUGUACUUGGAAGAAUUAAAGAUGAGUAGUAGUAGACAAAGGCCCAAAUCAUUCAAUUCAACUAAUGAGCCCAACCCAAGUACCAAGUCAAUCCCUCAGAUCCAAGUCCAUGAAAUGCGCCCCAACAUGGUCGUGGUUUUAGUAACUAGUCUUAACAAUUUAGCCACUUUUUAUAACAUCAUUCGGUUACUCCACGAGGAAGGUGUUGAAGUUGUGUAUGCCAGUUUUUCAGUCAAUGGGAACUCUAUGCUGCAGAUUUCUCAUGAAACUAAUAUCAACAGAAGUUCAACAGUGGAAUCUAAAACUACAACUCUGAGUGAUAAGCUUAAGGAGUUGAUUUAUGUAUCAUCUCAUGGCAAUGAUAUCGAAUCCCAAUUACAUUUAUGGACUAUAUACUUGAGUCUGAACUGUUAGGAUUUGAUGAUUAGAGUUAUUACCAAUACCAAGUCAAAAUCCAAACUUUUAUAGUUAUAUGCAGAAUGUUUAAG